CUAUUGUUUCCUUUUUUAAAUCAGGAAAUCCUCCAUCAAAAACAAAGACUGGUUUGAUUCUAAAAUACAGUAAUUUGCAGACUCUUUGGAAUAAGCCUAUCAAAUGGGCAUUUGGAAGGGGUGCCCCUUUUGUGUCUUGGUAACCUUUCACCAUCUGGUGUAACCAUAUUGAAAUAUCUGAAAGUGUUAUUAGUAUGUAUAAGAUCUGUAAACCAUGGAAUAUAUCAAAUAUCGAAAUUGAUCAUAAUUUAAUUAUUGUUGCGCCCGACCUACUGCUAUAACUUUAUUUUCUAAAGUCUCUACGGGUACAGGCUUUCCCGCAGGCUCUAAUAGCCGCCACAGUCCAGUGACUCCCAUCGCGUGCAAAUAAAUUCAAGAACAGAUUUUUUUGUUUACACUAAUGUAUAUAUCAGUGUACAUAACAAAGGUCGUUUCCCACGAGAUCUCCGGCCGGUCAAUCGUCGGCGGUGGCAUCGGUCUCUUCCUCACACAUCGCAACUUUUCGCUGCAUGAACUCAAAUUAUUUAUUACGCACACAUACACAGAACCACAAACGAAAGCCGCCGCUGCUGCCAGGGCGGGUGAGUCCGGCACAGACAGAUCACGUCGUUCAAAAAUAAUAAUCUGCCUUCAAACAAACAACACUACAUACAUAAAAAAUAGGUAAACUGGUAUAAUUAGAUUAGCUGUCAAAUAGACAGGUCACAGAGGCAGAUAGGGCAUGGUAAGGGCCACUACAGACUUGCACUAAUCUUCCAUCCAAUUUUUCUAUCCAUUGUCUUCUAUCCACCAUCCGAGUUAGGUAUUUGUUUAAAGUGGGAAAUGCGCUCAGGUAUUUAUUUUGUCUUAAGAUAAUGAAUGAUAAUCUUCUUCACAAUAUUUUAAAGAUUUAAUAUAAUACAAUAAUAGCUGAAAGCUCAAACGAAGCGCUGGCGAUUAUCGCCUUAUUUUGAUUAAAUGUUUAAAUAAAUUGUUUAUAUAUUUAGAGCGUGGCAAUCCCACGAGUUCGACCAUUUCAAAAAUACAUAAUAUGUAAAGAUUGCACUUCAAAAAAAAUCAUUUAGAUAAAAAUAAAAGAUUGUAUAGAAUCCCAGAUUCACCCUGCCUGCUACUGGGGCGCACUGACUGAGUUCGUAAAUAUGUAUUCGGUUCACUACAACAUAUCAAAUGUUUCACCACGACCGCGACUGACGACGACGCGACGCGCGACGCCCACUCUUUCCCACACUUUAUUUUCUCACGCCCCAUGCGUAACCCCACAUCCUAUGACCGCCUCACAUCACAGUAGUCGCGCCCGCGGAGUCGACCGACCCCGUAUCAUUUGAUUGUGUAUUCGCGCGCGUGUAGCCGACAUCACGCUUCCACUUCGCUUGUCUAUGGUUUUAUCUUUUGACAGUUCAUAUUUUUGGCGUUGUAGUGUCUCGUAAAUUCAUUCAUCGUAAACGAAGAUAUUUUUAUUCAUAAUAGUAAAGAAAUCCUUAGAAUAAGGAAAUGUGAUUUUAUCAGAAGAGUUGUAGAAUUCAAUAAGAUUGUAAAUAGUAAACAGUAAACGGUGGAAUGUUGGCUAGACUGUCGGAAAAUUUGCUCGUCGAACAGGUGUUUUUGAAUGAAAUGUGUGCUAAGGUUCCCACAGUAAUUAUUUAUAGUGUUGUGAAUAAUACAAAAGUUUAUUGAUCGGCGUUAUUGUACACUGAAGUGGUCUGGUGAAAUUCUCAAAUUGUUCCGACAAUUUGAGAAAAGGAGUCAAUAAAAUAAAGAAAAUAACGGGACGCUACUUGUUUAUUAAAGUGACAUCUUCGCAUAAGUUACGGAUAAUAAUGUGGAGAGUGCAUAGACUCCAAACAGAAGUGAAGUAAUAAGCAUGAUCGCUGACAUGAAGCUGUCGUCGAAUAUGAAUCAGAGAUACGGAAGCCGGUGAGCUGGAGUCGUGGCGAGCAUGCCGCAUCAGUACGGCGCGGGCGGCAUGGCGCAGGGCCCGCCCUCGCCGCCGCCGCAGCACGGCGCGCUGUUCCCGCGCUACGCCAGCGCAGCCGGGCCAGGUGCCGGGGCUUACCGCCCUGAAGAGCGCCGUCUGACACGCGAAGCCAUGGAGCGAUACCUGCGUGAUCGCUCCGACAUGAUAGUAGUCAUUCUACAUGCUAAAGUAGCACAAAAAUCCUAUGGAAAUGAAAAGAGGUUCUUUUGUCCACCUCCUUGUAUUUAUUUGUUUGGUGAUGGAUGGCGGCUCCGUCGGGAACGCAUGCUGAGAGAAGGGGAGACUGAGCAAGCGGCACAGCUGUGUGCCUUCAUUGGUAUUGGCAAUUCUGAUCAGGACAUGCAGCAGCUGGACUUGAACAACGGUAAACAGUACUGUGCAGCAAAAACUUUAUACAUAUCAGAUUCAGAUAAAAGAAAGCAUUUUAUGCUGUCAGUGAAAAUGUUUUAUGGCAAUGGACAUGAUAUUGGUAUAUUUAAUAGUAAAAGAAUAAAAGUGAUAUCAAAGCCCUCCAAGAAAAAGCAGUCCUUGAAGAAUGCCGAUCUAUGUAUUGCUAGUGGAACUAAGGUAGCUCUAUUUAAUAGAUUGAGGUCGCAGACCGUGUCAACGAGAUAUUUGCAUGUAGAGAAUGGUAACUUUCAUGCCUCUUCAACUCAAUGGGGUGCUUUCACAAUACAUUUGCUGGACGAUAACGAGAGUGAAUCAGAAGAGUUUGCAGUGAGGGAUGGUUAUGUACACUAUGGAUCUACCGUCAAACUUGUUUGCUCAGUUACAGGGAUGGCACUGCCAAGACUAAUUAUAAGAAAGGUGGACAAACAAAUGGCUUUAUUAGAAGCAGACGAUCCAGUAUCACAGUUGCACAAAUGUGCAUUCUACAUGAAGGACACAGAAAGAAUGUACCUCUGCUUAUCACAAGAGAGGAUCAUACAGUUCCAAGCAACACCUUGCCCCAAAGAGCCCAACAAAGAAAUGAUCAAUGAUGGAGCCUGCUGGACAAUAAUAUCUACUGACAAAGCAGAAUAUCAGUUUUAUGAAGGCAUGGGCCCUGUCAGGUCACCGGUGACACCAGUCCCAUUAGUUCACUCAUUAAAUUUAAAUGGUGGUGGAGAUGUAGCAAUGCUAGAGCUUGCCGGUGACAACUUCACCCCAUCUCUGCAAGUAUGGUUUGGUGACGUCGAGGCAGAAACCAUGUAUCGCUGUGCUGAGUCCAUGCUCUGUGUUGUACCUGACAUCUCACAGUUUCGGGGUCAAUGGCAAUGGGUCCGUCAACCGACUCAGGUGCCUGUAUCGUUGGUUAGAAACGACGGUAUAAUAUAUGCGACUGGUCUAACGUUCACAUAUACUCCGGAACCAGGGCCUAGACCUGUGUGUCCACCGGUCGAUGACGUCAUGAGGCCCGAACAACCCGGUUGGCACCACGAUGCUCAUACUCACCGUUUGCCAGACAAUGCCCUGCAAUAGCCCAUGGACUGCAGACUGGAGGACAGUCUGCAGUAAUGAACAGAAAUCUGGGGUCAAUUUUUAUUGUCAAUUAAUAACAAAGCGGUCUACAGAGCCUAGAAAAUAUAGUGUAGUCUUUGAAGAAGGCUGUGCAACAGUUUGAAAACUUAUUUUAACAAUAGCUACUAUGAAAUAAACAGGCUCCAUUGAAUAAAACGAAAAGACUGUUUUAUAUAUAAAAUGCAGCUAAUGCUAUUGAGCCUGGAAGCUGUAGUGAAAAUUCCUAAGAGUAUAAAACAGUUGUAACUGAAUGUUAGCUUACUUGCGAAAGCCCCAAAGAAAGUGGUUAAACUCAAUCUCAAAGUGAUACCAGAAGUGACUGUCAAGUGUAUUGGUGAGUGAUUAAAAGACUAUAUUUGAAUUAUUAUUUAAUUGUGUUUUUUGUGAUAGCCACAUCUCAUAAUUUAACUCUAAAGAAGUAUAAUUGACUUUCUCAAAUUACUGGUUAUUUUGUCGAUUUCAUUGGAAACUGAUGAUGAUUUUAUUACAUUUGAAUUGUUUUCCUUUUCCCUGAUAUUCUAGUCUGUUUGAAAUCUGUUCAGUCUAAGUUUAUAAAUUAUUUUGGAAAAUUACACAACUCCUUGUGAAAAUUCCACAAUGUAGUUGCUUAAUGACUUCAAAUUUUGAUUUAAAUCCGAACAGAAUUCAGCUCAAAUCAGACCAGGAACUGAUUUAAGUAGUAUGUCAAAUAUCUGCUUAGUUUAAAUGUUUUGUUAAGAUCAGCUUAAAGGUUAUAAUAUCCCUGCUCUGGAAUAUUAUGCCUUAAUUCAGCUUAUUCUAGAGAUUACACUAUGACGAACAAGUUAACAAAAGUUUGAUGUCAAGCUUGGUUGAAGCUUUGAUUCUGAAACAUUAUUGUCUCAUUAACAUUAUUUUUCUGUGCCUAAAAUUAUAUAUUUAUAUAUCAUCAAGGUUAUAAUACCAAAUGUUAUAAAUUUUCAGCAAUAAGAUAUAUUUGUAUGGGUUGAAUUGACUAGAAGUUGUGUUUAAACAGAAGAUUUUAAGGUAAAUUAUAAUUUAGAUAAAACAUACAAUCAUUACAUAAUAAAUAAAAAUUGAAUAUUAAUUUGCUCAUGUAAUUAGAGAUUGGAUAUAAAAUUGCACCGUAAAAAAAUGCAGGUAGCAAUGCGACUCAAAGGAGAUAAGUGCUUGAAUUCAGUCUUAUUAUUAUUGGUAGUAAAAGUGUAUGAAGCAUUCCUAUUAUGUUUAUAUCAUUUCAUUGCUAUUACAGGGUAGAUUACUGACCAGUAUAUUUCACAGGGCUGAGCCUUUAUACAGAGUUUUGUUCCAAAUUAUUUUAUUUCUUAUAGUAAUAAAUAAUGGCCUAUGCAUUGUAUUAUACAGAACAACAUUGGGGUGAUAAGCGCGUUGAAAAUAUUCUGACGAUUUGAAAACCUCCCCCUAUUUGAAGUCGGUUUAAAAUUCAAAUAAAAGUGGUAUUCAAUCAACAAAAAUCAUAAAUCAAAAAUAUUGGCGUAAUUUCAUAUUACCCUAGAUUAAAUCAAAAAGGGAAGGUACGCCACUCGCGGCUCAAAAGUGAUCCGCUUAAAUUGUGAUGCAUGACCAUAAUUCGCUUUAGUCGCAAUUAGACAUUCAAACACGCUGCAUGAGCACUCAAUAUAACAUUAUUGUUAUAAAGAUAAAACAAUGCCUUCGCUGCUUUUAUAAAGAACACAAAUACAGUAACACCCGUUUAAGACGAUUUCACAGGGACUCGUCGGACACGUCCUAAGCGGGAAAGCGUAUUACGCGGGAUUGCGGGAUAGGGAAAUUUCGAAUGUAGGUAUUGCAUUAAAUGUACAAUUUAAGAAUUAUGUUCGUUAUAAAAAAUAUAAUGUAUUAUUAUUACUUUUGUAUUUAAAUUAAUAACUUAUUUUAGUUUGGCAAAAAGAUUUUGAGGCAUGCAAUUACAAGAGUUUCAACAUAAUUUAACUUUUGCAGUGCGUCUUCGCUUCCAUUCAAAGAAGUUAUAUAGCGUCUUAAUUUGCUGCUAAUGUCUGGGCUUGUGACAAAAUCGGAGUUGACAAAUCUUCUUUUGAUCAUAAUCAGUAAGGGCCUCUUCUUGUGUGUUAUUGACAUUCUCAAUAAGAUCUUCAAUUGAUUAAAUUUUAUACGGUGCUACAUUGUCAUCAAUGGAAGAAUAUCCAGGAAAACCCUGGGGGCGCUUAGCGUGCAUCGCUCGUAACGUCAAUCGCUGGCCGUUGCCGCAAGAGGUAUUUAUUAUGUGUGCUGGGUGUUGGUGAUUUAGGCGUAUUAAACGGGAUGACGAAUCGUAUAUAAUCGUAAGCGUUAAGAAAUGUAUGAAAACAUGUCUCAAUAAACAAAUGCCUUGGCAACACUUCAUUCGUAAAAAUGUAAAAACAUUUUUUUUUCAAAAAUCACGGUUUGUCGUGAAUUUUAUUUACGUAAUCGCCAUUUUGUUGUCAAGAAAGGGACAACAAUACAGCUCAGCCGUACGGACUCUGAAGCGGACUCACUGUUUCGCUCGCGCUGCUUUGAAGCGUACAGUUCUGUUUCGUUCGCUAGAUUUAAUUUUAUGUACAGACGUGUGCGUGCGUGAGAGUUGCUUAUGUAGUUAAGUCGGGUCAUAUUUUAUUUGAUGCUAGUAUGAGCGUACCGUAUCUUCCCUAUUUGUUUUAAUCGAAGCGUAUUACGUACUAAAGUGCACCCUGUUGAGUACCUGCACUAUAUACUAGGUCUUUUUAGGACAUGGGAUCAGAAUAGUAAACAAAACUGUCAUAGGAAAUACUCGAGCGCGUCAAAUUUAUUUGGUCCACACACCACUUUUCGUUGCCAGUUGCCAUGUAUGUUGACAGGGCUGGAUUUAAGGCGGGGCUGUGGCCCAUGGGCCCCCGCAAUAGAGAUACAAAAUAACCAAAUUUCGACGAUGGAUCACCUAACAGGGGGCGGAGUGCAAAUCGUAAAAUACCUCGUUAAAAUUAUACCGCGAUUACACUUGAUCGUUAGCUUGGAUACGAGGACCAAUAGAAUUCGGGUAAACAACUAAAAAGUGUUAAUGAACGAAGUCGAGAGUACGCCUGUAUUCGGAUAGAUUUCCUUUUGUUUACCCGACACCGUCUCUCAGCCCAUAUUCUAGUGUAGUGUAAGUUUUGCUUCGGGUUACCGAAUUCGAGUAAUGUCUUUCGUACACCCGAAUACGGGCUAGGGGUCAUCCAUAAAUUACGUCACACGAAUUUCAUGAUUUUUUGCCCCUACCCCCGUCCUUGUCACAGCUGGUCACAUUUGUGAGACUCCCCCUCCUUAGUGUGACGUCAUAUAUUUUUCAAAUGUACAUUUAGAAAUUACUGAAUGAAAACAGCGGUUCUAAAAUCAGUUUUAUUUCCAUUUAAAUUAUUUUUUAAUAAUAUUAACAUCAAAUCAAACAAUUAACAAAACAAAAAACGAUGAAUUAUAGUAAUUAAAAAAAUUACCAAACAAAAACGAUUGACAUGUUAAUUAAAGACAUUAACAAAACAAAAAUCGAUUGACUUAAUUGAUCACUGGCAAAGCACCACUUUGUUCUCGUUUGGGUAAUUAAUGUUUUCGUAAAGUAAUAGUUUCAACACUUAGAUUAUAAUAGAUUUUGAAAUGUGACGUCACGAAAUUUAGGACUCCUCCCUCCCCCUUGUCACACGAUGUCCCACUUCGUCGACCCCCUCCCUCCCCCUUAACGUGUGAUGUAAUGUAUGGAUAACCCCCUACGACCAGAUGUAAUUGCGGCGUAAGGUUAGGAUAAAAUGAUUGGACGAUUAAAAAUUCCCUUCGCGCCUGGAGCGUCAGUUCUGAAUGAGAGCUUUUUGGAUCACUAAAUUUUUUUAACUUUUUAUCUUCUAUAACUCCAUUAUGGCCACCUCGUGCAAACUGGCAGAUUAACAUACCGCACCGCACAUUGAGCAAACACACUUUUAUAAUUUUAGCGCUCGAAUAUUUCCACGUGACUAUUUGUUUAAGCUUUGGAAAACCUAUUAACGUUCCCCCUAAUGUGACAGUGAUAAUGAUGCUAUUUAACUUUAUUAUUUCUUCAACCAUCAAAAUCCGGGGAAAUGUCCAACGCCUUAGAAAACCACUAGAGCCACUCUCCAUUUCCCGGCUUGAGGUCUGCUAAAUCCUUAGCCUUAGCCUCGCCGCCCCAAAGCCUGUGACGCUGUAAAGAUCAUCUGAGCCCUUUCACCAAAUACACACCAAAAAACCUACCCGUUUUAAAGUGUUCAGUUCAAUGAUUGGCGUAUGUGUUAAAUAAAUAACAAAUAUCUACUGAGCAGUACCAAUUACAAUAUGACGUCCUACAAAAAAGAUCGAAGCGUCUCUAAAGUAGCUAAAUUCAACUGAUGCGGUAUUAUUCACAUGCUGAAAGUAAGCAUAUUUGUAGUCAAUAUUAGCAACGAAGUUUUCGAUUCUGUUUAAGCUUAGAGAAGAUUUAAUGAUCUGUUUCAUUAUCAAUUAAUAUUUCUGACCUAAUGAUAGUGACCUGGCGGAAUCACAAAAAGGAAACCAGAGUUUUUUCAGUUCUUCAAACGUUUUUACGCAGUCAUAACAUGUAGAAUAUAUUUUGCUCUACCUAUAGGUAUCGAACCUUCUCCUAGUUACCUAUCUCUUUUAUUUUGUGUAUUACGUAUUUAAUCUUAAUGUAUUUUGUUUGAAAUCGAUUUGAAUAUCUCGCCGAUAUCUACUCAUUGCUAAGUAGCUUUAGGUAGCGGCAAGCUUCUUGAGCUAAACCACAGACAAAUAAACCUGUGCAGUAGACUUUUUUUUAUAUAAAUUUGCUACUGCGCAGGCUACCUUGUCUAUGGUUGGUGCUCAAGAAGUUUGCCGGGGUGUAUACUGCAGAGCAGGUAUGCUUUCCAAUUACAGAGCAUAAUGCGACUCAGUGCCGCACAAUGCCCAAUUAUGCUGAUGCUUAAUUGGAACGUGAAUUAGUUUUCAAAUGCACCAGCAGAGUGCGCUAAGUUCAGUGUUGAAAAAAAAUGUCAAUGUUUGUACCUUCAUCCAUACUUAUAUUUAUUUUUUAACAGUUUGAAUGAACUUUGAUUAUUUAAAAAAAACUAUUUAAUGAAACGAAAGCUUAAAUAAUUUUUCAACAAUAAAUAAUAUUACUAACGAUAACAUAUAAAUAAAACAUUUCGAUCAAUGCCAACUUAAAGAAAAAACACUUGUUAAUUUUCUGUCUCUAAGUUGGUACGAUUGCACGCAUCACACGAAAGCAUCACUUUUGAGAGUGCUCAAUUGUGCGAAGCGUUGCUGUAGUUGGAACACUCAACGUUAAGCAUUAUGCCGCAUAAUGCGCUAUAAUGCUGUAAUUGGAAAGCAAUCCAGAUAAGUAGGUAUGUAUUCUAUCAUGAAACUGAAAUAAAUCUCUUGUGUUCGUAGAUUUGUUUCUUCGGGGCCAAAUAGCUAUUAAAUCCAUGACAAGUCAUUUGUGUUUAUAUUUUAGUGUUUUAUUUAAAUAAGUGUAAAAAUAUUGGACCGAGGAUUUUAGAGCGAGGGGAGUUUUGUACAUUUACUACUUAAUUUAAGUACUGUAUUGUCAACGACAAGACAAAGCCAAAUAAGUCCUUUCAGGUACCUAUCAAUAUAUACAUCCCGGCAAACUUCUUAAGCAACUACUACACUGCGCAGUAGCAAUUUUACAUACAAAAACGUCUCCUGCGCAAGUUUAUUAGUUUGUGGUGCUGCUGAAGAAGUUUGCCGCGACCUAUACUAGUAUUUAAUUACAUAAGUAUCUACAAUAAACUACUGACUUAUACAUGAAUUAUUGGAAAUAUUGUCAUAUUUUACGUUUUGCCUUUAUCUAUUUAAAAAUAAUGACAGACAGGACGAAAGGCGAAAAUAUUGAUUUCGAUUCGUUUCCGAUCUUUUGUGUUUAAGCGACUGAUGUUGACAUCCGAUUGCGUUUUAUAUCUUACUGAUACGAUAAUAAUGUGGAAGAUAAAUGUACAAUGCUGGUAAGUAAUACAAAACGUAAUCAGAUGUGAAGGCCGGCUGCGAUUGGUAGCCAGAGUGUAUUACGCUUCUCCUCAUUCGUAAUAUGUUAGUCAUUCGUGUUUUGUGUUGUAAAAACAUCCUUUAAUUUUUAAACUGUAUCUAAAAAUUGUGUUGUGUAGGCACUUCACGUGUUGUGAAAUACAAAUGGAGGUUGUAAUACCUCUAAUGUAGAUUAUCUGAGAUUUAAACAACCUAAUUAGUUCUAGUUUAGACAAUAGUACAUUUAUAUUAAUUAAAAAUUAUGAUUGAAAUUCUAUUUAUUUUACACGAAUAUUUUUAUUGUAUUAUGAAGAUGAUUUUGGUAUACGUGCUUGUGUUUGAAAAUGAGAAUUUGAUGUCUAUUUUAAUAGUGUGAUCAAAACAUUCCGUGUGGAAAGUGUAAUAAGAAGUACAAAAUAUAUCAAUAUUUUUGUAGUGAAACAUUGAAUUACAAUAUAAAUCUAAUGGAAUUGGUAAAUUUCUAUUACAAUAAAAUUAGUAUUAAAUAUUAUACAUACUUGAUACGAAUAAGCACUAAUCACGUCGUCAAUUUGUAUAAAAAUAAGAUUUUCAGAUGAAAUUGUUUAUACUGACCAUUUGAGUUUUCAACUCUGAAGUUAGCUACGAGGUAUAAAUAUAUAAUACUAAGAAACUAACUUCAGAGUUGAAAAAUUAAAUAAAGAGUAUUGUACUAGUUUCAAUCUUUUUACGCGGUAAUUACUCGUCUAUCACGGAAGCGGUUGUCGAGUUGGAUUAUGAUAACAUAACUAAAUAGUUACUGAUAUUUUGAACAGUGAUUUUGACACAUGAAUAUUUUUAAUAAAACCGAAUCGAAUCAUACAAGACUUUU